AUGGCAGGCCCAUUGACACGCCGUCUAGGACAAGCAGCAACCGCCGACGUUGCCCGCAAAGCCGAACGAGGCGUUGUCUCCGGCUCUGAAAGGAUGAUGGAAUACAGCAGGGAGGCCGAGCAGGCGUCGGAGAUGCGGGUCAGGCCACUGCCGCCGCUCACCCAUGAGGACAACCGCCGAUUCCUCGAGAUGCUCCGCGAGAAGAAGGAAAGGCUGGGGUUCGGCGCCGAGAAGGUGGAGGUGCGGUUCGAGGAGCUGACCGUGGAGGCCGACGUGCAUGUGGGCCACCGCGCGCUGCCGACGCUGCUCAACUGCGCCGUCAAUGCCGCCCAGAAAUUGGCAACAUGUUCACACAUGUGUACUACAAGAAAAAAACCCAUCAAAGUCAUAAAUGGAGUGAGCGGGGCAAUUAAUCCAUCACGGAUGACCCUUCUUCUAGGAGCACCAGGUUCCGGGAAAACAACUUUUCUAAAAGCAUUGGCAGGAAAGUUGGAUUCUUCUUUGAAGCUCGGAGGAAAGGUCAUGUAUAAUGGAGAAGAAGUGAAUUCCUCAACACCUCAAUACUUGCAUGCAUACAUUAGCCAGUAUGAUCUUCACCAUGCGGAGAUGACCGUUAGAGAGAUGAUUGAUUUCUCUUCAAAGAUGUUGGGAACCAAUAAUGAAUUUGGGACGUUGGGACAAGGAAUGGGAAGGAAAAAUGGAGACAUUAAUAAAGUGGACCAAUAUCUCGGCACAUCUAUGAAGGCUACUACCUUUGGAGAAGGAAGCAACCUUACAACAAACUAUAUUAUCAAGAUACUUGGUUUGUCCGAGUGUGCUGAUACCCUAGUGGGGGAUGAGUUGAGAAGAGGCAUAUCAGGAGGACAAAAGAAAAGGGCCACAAUAGGAGAGAUGCUAGUUGGUCUAGCAAGAUGCUUCUUUAUGGACGAUAUUUCAACAGGUCUAGAUAGCUCCACUACAUAUGAGAUUGUAAAGUUCCUCCAACAAAUGACUCAUCUGAUGGAUCUCAGCAUGGUUAUGUCCUUAUUGCAACCAUCUCCUGAGACGUUGGAAUUAUUUGACGACAUAAUUCUAUUAUGCGAGGGUCAAAUUGUAUAUCAUGGUCCUCGAGAAAAUGCUAUUGAUUGUUUUCAAAUGAUGGGAUUCAGAUGCCCCGGUAGGAAGAAUGUAGCCGAUUUCCUUCAAGAGGUGACCUCAAAGAUGGAUCAAAGGCAAUACUGGAUUGGUGAUGAAAAUGUGUAUCAAUACUGGCCAAUAGAAAAUAUAGCAGAAUUCUUCUAUUCAUCUUAUCUCCCUCGACUUGCAGAAAACAACAUGACAAACAAUAGAGGAAAUGACAGGGAGAUCAAAACAAAUGCAAAUCACGGUAUCUCUAGAUGGAAUAUUUUCAAAGCAUGCUUUUCAAGGGAAGUACUGCUUCUCAAAAGAAACUCCCCACUUCAUAUAUUCAAGACUGUACAGAUAAUUAUUCUUGCUUUUGUCAUCUCAACGGUUUUUAUUCGAGAAAAUAUGAAUCAUAAGACUAUACUUGAUGCCAAUAAGUAUAUGGGAUCACUCUUUAUGGCUAUUGUGAUAGCAAACUUUAAUGGCAUGACAGAAAUUGCAAUGACAAUGAAGCGACUACCCACUUUCUACAAGCAAAGAGAGUUACUAGCAUUGCCAGGAUGGGCACUUCUUUCUUCGAUUUACAUCAUCAACCUACCAAUGUCACUUAUAGAGACGGGUCUCUGGACCAGCUUAACCUACUAUGUGAUUGGUUACUCACCUUCCUUUGUUAGAUUCACCCAACAAUUUUUGGUACUUUUUGCCAUGCAUCAAAUGUCAAUGGGCCUCUAUCGUUUCUUAGCGGCAAUAGGAAGGACACAAGUAAUGUCCAACAUGCUAAGUGUCGUAAUUCUUAUAGCAAUCUACAUAUUUGGAGGCUUCGUCAUAUCCAAAGAUAAUCUCCAACCAUGGUUGCAGUGGGGGUAUUGGGCAUCCCCAUUCACAUAUGCACAAAACGCAGUUGCCCUAAAUGAGUUCCUUGAUGAAAGAUGGGCUACUGAACUUUACUAUGAAAAUGCUAAAACAGUUGGUGUAGCUAUCCUCAAGAUCAGAGGGUUGCUCACAGAGUGGCACUGGUACUGGAUUUGUGUCAUCAUUUUAUUUGGAUUCUCAAUUGUGUUCAACAUCCUCACCAUAUUUGCGCUGGAGUUCAUGAAUUCUCCACACAAUCAUCAAGUUAAGAUCAAUGCCACGAAGAUAAAUAUGGAGUACAAGAACCAAAAAGUUGGAAAUGUCAAUGCAUCAAGUACCCAAGUUACCCUCCCUUUUCAGCCUCUUUCCCUUGUAUUUUAUCAUAUAAAUUAUUUUGUCGACAUGCCAAAGGAGAUGAUGAAGUAUGGAGUAACAGGAAAAACUAUUCAGCUGCUACACGAUGUGGGUGGCGUUUUUAGGCCAGGGGUGUUAACAGCGCUAAUGGGGAUCACAGGUGCUGGAAAGACAACGUUGCUCGAUGUUUUAGCUGGAAGAAAGACUGGAGGACAUACUGAAGGUACUAUUAGAAUAGCAGGAUACCCAAAGAAGCAGGAAAUAUUCUCGAGGAUCUCAGGCUAUUGUGAACAGAGUGACAUUCACUCCCCUAAUCUCACUGUAUAUGAGUCACUACAGUUCUCUGCAUGGCUUCGACUUCCUUCGAACGUUAAAUCUCGCCAAAGACAUAUGUUCAUAGAAGAAGUAAUUGACCUGGUCGAAUUAACUGGACUGAAGAAUUCCAUGGUAGGUCUCGCGGGAACAACUGGUCUUUCAGCUGAGCAGCGAAAAAGACUAACAAUAGCAGUGGAGCUGGUAGCUAGUCCUUCCAUUAUAUUUAUGGACGAGCCGACCACUGGUUUGGAUGCUCGUGCUGCAGCAAUUGUCAUGAGAACAGUCAGAAAGACAGUAGACACUGGGCGAACUAUUGUCUGCACAAUACACCGACCAAGCAUUGAGAUAUUUGAAGCUUUUGAUGAGCUUCUACUCAUGAAAAGAGGCGGUCAGAUCAUAUACAGUGGUUCAUUAGGUCCACUAUCUGACAAUAUGAUCAAGUAUUUCCAGGCUAUACCUGGUGUUCCUAUAAUAAAAGAGGGACAAAACCCAGCAGCAUGGAUGUUAGACAUAACUUCACAAUCAACAGAAUAUACGAUUGGAGUGGACUAUGCACAGAUUUAUCGAAACUCCUCCCUAUACAUCAAUAACAUGCUUCUAAUUGAUGAGCUGGGGAAACCAGCGCCGAACGCAAAGGAUCUACAAUUUCCAUCAGGAUAUUGGCAAGACUUUAGAGCACAAUGUAUGGUUUGCCUAUGGAAGCAAAUAUAUGCAUAUUGGGAAAAUCCAUAA